AUAUCUACAAAAUUUCAUGCGGAACGUGAUAUCAUCCAAUGAAAGCCACGAAAAUUCAAUCGUCCCCCCCAGCAGCAAUUCUGCGGCGCCUUCUUCGGCCAGGUUCUGACAUCCAUAUUGUGACGCCCGGUACGUUUACUUUGAGCGACAUCUGCUUCUACUAUCACUGAGCCCGAUGCCGACCAUGAACGGUACUAUUCAAGAGAACGACCAUCGAAACCAUGAUACGAACGAGAGCCGAUGCAAUGAAGGAACCAUCAUGAACGACAGCCAGGGAGAAAGCCGCCCCGCGGAUACACCAUAUAGUCACUUCACGAAGUACGAGAGGGUAUUCAUCAUCGCUAUGGCCGCGCUUGCUUCUCUCAUGUCCCCGAUUUCGAGUCAGAUAUAUUAUCCAGCACUUCCCGUACUUGCUGAUCACUAUCAAGUAUCCGAUACAUUGAUCAACCUCUCCGUUACUGUUUAUAUGAUCAUUCAAGGGCUAGCACCGUCAUUCAUGAGUAGCUUUGCUGAUACCAGUGGACGCCGACCAGUUUAUAUCACCUGUUUCCUCAUUUACGCUGCGGCUAAUGUCGGGCUGGCACUCCAAGACUCCUACCCAGCGCUAAUGGUACUCCGCUGUAUCCAGAGUGCAGGUAGUAGUGCAACAACCUCGCUUGGCUACGGAGUCGCAGCAGACAUUGCACGUCCAUCCCAAAGGGGUAAAUAUAUGGGCCUGAUAACUACGGGCUUGAUGACAGCUCUCUCACUGGGCCCCAUCCUUGGAGGCAUCCUCGUUCAAUGGCUUGGUUGGAGAAGCAUCUUCUGGUUCUUGCUUAUCCUAAGUGGGAGCUACUUACUGAUUUAUAUUACAACGAUGCCGGAGACCUCCAGAAAGGUCGUGACAGAUAGACACAGAGUUCCACGUUCGUGGUGGAGGAAGAGCUUGGUUCAACAAUUUACUUCCCGUCGUCACAAUCCGCCAACGUCGAAUGUACCCGUGCACCGGGUGCAAGAACAAUCACGCACCACCAAAAAACCUGGAUUCAAUCCAUUACAAUCUUUGAAAAUCUUCCGAGACAAAGCAGCAUCCAUCGUUAUAUUACACAUCGGAUUGGCCUAUGCCUUACAGAUCGCCAUCAUGACGAACAUGGCCAACACCUUUGGUCAACUCUAUCAUCUCAAUACGUUCAAGCUUGGCCUAUGUUUCCUGUACGCUACGAUACUACCCCUGCUGCUGGGUGGCUAUGACUUGUUGCACAAACGCCCACUUUUAAUGUUUCUACGCUAACUUUUUGGGACACCACUCCACGGUGUGAACUUUUAGACCCAUCGGAGUUGCUGGAUGUACAAGCUCUAUGCUG